AUGAAUAUUGAAUUUAGCAAAGGAUUAGAUAAUCCGAGUUUCGAUGAGACAUACGAUCCGAGAGUUAAUAAGAAAACUCUACAAAACUUUCUCAUUUCAGAGGCCAUCGACAGUAAUGCUCAACAAAUAAGUGUCGUCUCAAAGAAAUCAAUUGUCGACAAAAUGAGUGUCAUCUCAGAGCCGGUGUCCCUCUCGUGGCACGACAUCAAUGUCUUCACUAAAGUCUCCUUAAAACAUAGGAAGAAAACGGAUCCAAAGCCUAUUCUCAGAAAUGUUAGUGGUUGUGUUAAAUCGGGUCAGCUAAUGGCCAUAAUGGGGGCCAGUGGGGCCGGGAAGACAACACUAAUGAAUGUAUUGACUCAACGGAAUUUGUCGGAAAUAGUAGUCGAGGGUUCAGUCAAACUGAACGGUCGGAUGGCCAACGCCAACAGCAUUACAGCCCUUUCGGCUUAUGUGCAGCAAAACGAUCUCUUCAUCGGUGCCCUCACUGUUAGGGAACACUUGAUAUUUCAAUCCCGCGUUCGUAUGGAUCAGUAUAUAUCGGAUGUCACCAGAAAAGAUAGAAUACAACAAGUCUUACAAGACUUGGGUUUAACUGAAUCCUCGAAUACAAUGAUUGGAAAACCAGAAGAUGUGAGAGGAAUAUCUGGUGGCGAGAGAAAGAGAUUAGCCUUUGCUUCAGAGUUAUUAACGAACCCAUCGAUCAUGUUUUGCGACGAACCGACCUCUGGUUUGGAUUCAUUUAUGGCGUUAAGUGUUGUGGAAGUGCUCAGAGAUUUAGCGGCUUCCGGGCGAACCAUAGUCUGCACUAUACAUCAGCCCUCUUCAGAAGUGUUCACUAUAUUCAGUCACUUAUUACUUAUGGCAGAGGGAAGGGUGGCUUAUUUGGGAAAAUUAGAGAAAGCGAUCGAAUAUUUCUCAACUCUGGGUCUCUUCUGUCCAAAUAACUACAAUCCCAGCGAUUUCUAUAUCAAACAAUUGGCUGUCAUUCCCGGCAAUGAAACUCAAACUAAGGAUAAAAUAGAGAGUAUAUGCGAUCGCUUUGCGGACAGCCCUUACGCCAAGGAAGCCAUACCACCGCAAAGUUGCGAACAAUUUAUUUAUUCAUCCAAAGAAGAGUUGGAGAUCCGGCGAAAUGUUUAUAAGUCGAGUUGGUUUAUACAGUUUUGGGCACUACUCUGGAGGUCACACCUGUCUGUGAUGAGAGAGCCCAAAGUGACCAGGACUCAAAUUUCUCAGACCGUCUUUGUGGCCGUACUGUUGGGCUUCAUAUACUGGCGCUUAGAGUUGGAUCAGUCGGGCAUUAUUAACAUAAACGGCGCGCUAUUCCUGUUGACCACAAACCUUAGUUUCCAAAACGCUUACGCAGUCGUCAAAACUUUUUGUAUAGAAUUACCGAUAUUUCAAAGGGAGCACAACAACGGCAUGUAUAGAGUCAGUGCAUACUUUUUGGCCAAAAUGUUGGCAGAGGCCCCCAUUUACCUAUUGCUACCAUUCCUAUUCGUGGCUCUGUUCUACUAUAUGGUGGGUCUCAACAGUGGUUUAAUCCAAUUCCUCACGUGUGCGCUCAUCAGUGUGUUGGUGGCCAACACUGCCUGUAGUUUCGGGUAUUUCAUCUCAUGCCUGACCAGUGAUGUGACGAUAGCGCUGGCGCUAACGCCGCCAGUAAUGGUUGCCUUUCUUAUAUUCGGCGGAUAUUUCUUAAAUAAUGAUUCAGUUCCCGUGUACUUCGUGUGGUUUAAAUACAUCUCGUGGUUCUAUUACGGCAACGAAGCCCUCGUCAUCAAUCAGUGGCAUAACAUCCAUCACAUCGACUGUCAGACAAAUACCAAUAUCACUCAAGAAGUCACUAACCAUACGAUCACCACUUCCUGCAUACCUGACGGCAAGUCAGUCAUCAGAACACUUCACUUUUCCGAAGACAACUUGACGCGAGAUAUUACAGCACUUUUAGCACUCAUUCUAGUCUUCAGGUCCAUGGCAUACAUCGCACUCUUCACCCGAUCCACCAAACGGUAGACAAUGCAGUCAUCAAUACAUUUGUGUUCAAUCUAUAGACU